AUGGUGAGUGCUCAAGCUCCUCGAUCGCCGCUCAUCCGAGCGAGCCACCUGUCAGUUCGUCGUCGCGCGCCGAGGGCAAGGCACUGACAUGUCAAAUACUCGUCCCAGGCGUGUUCCCAGGCGUGUUCCCAGGCGCGUCCCACGCCCACCUCAUCAUUGAAACCCGCCACCACCUCCACACCUCGGGUGGAGUCCAAUGUCGCCGCUACCCUCCCUUCGGCGUCGUCCGUGUCGUACGUGUCGUAUCGCCAUGCGGGCGAGAAACUCAAUCUUUACUGGACUCGCAUGCGCAACGAAUGGGAGCCCGCAUUGGGCCAUACAACGAGACGGCCGAGUGGAUUGGCGAGCUCUGGUUGUCGGCUGUCAAUUACUGGAUGGUAGAGCUCGAACUCGGCAAAUCUCGUGAUUACCUAGAGCGACUCGAUGACCCGCUCCUCGAAUGCGUAUUCGAAACCCUCGACAACGACGUGAGUAUGCUGUCGCGAACUUCUACCUUGCCCAGGAGCUGACAUCUGACCCACCGUGUGCCACCAGGACGAUGGCAAACCCUUUCGAAUUCCACGACCUCGAAGCAGGCUUAUCAAGCUUUGCAAGUCAAGGAGCGCGGUUUCAGUCGACCUCAAAGGACCCCCUCCUUCGCAAUCGACGCGCAAAGCCACCAAGGUGUACGGACGCAGGACGAAGGAACAGGCCUCGCUUCACCCGUCUGCCCAGGAGCUUGGUUCGCAUUCAGAACAAUCGAGCUCGUCGAUCAACGAGCCGGUCAGACCACUAGCGUGCGCGAGACCGGACACUACCAAGAAGAACGGGACUGGUCAAAUACGGGCGAAGGCCAAGAGGGACGGGAGAGAGAACCGCCUGAUCCACCAAACACAACCCAAAAAGAGUAGGAAAAGAGCAAGGAGCGACGGUUAUGACGACGAAGAGGACGAAGAGGACGAGGAGGAGCAUCGAGAGGGCGACGAGGACAACGAUGAUGCUGGUGAUGAGGAGGACGGCGGCGGCAGCGGUGGCGAGGACAAUGAGGAGGGCGGCGGCGGCGGCGGGGAGGAUGACGUUGGCCACGUUGUUGAUGACGAGAUGACAAGUUGCGACUCCGACGAUUCAUCCCUUUUGAAACGUCCUGCGUCUCGCAACAACAAUCCUACGUCAACCCAGCGCGAAGUCUUAGGGAAAGGGCCUGGCAAGAAGAAGAAGAAGAAAUCGAUGUUGGCUGCGCCUCGUGCCAAGAAGCGUCGUAUCGAGACACAGCGUUCAGGUCCCGGAGCAACACUACCGCCCGUGAGUGUCAUGCUUGAGUUGCUGACGCCAUUGCGAAUGUGUCUGGCUCUGGCUGACAUGUCGGCACCUCCGGACUGUCUUUAGCCCUUCGACCAUGACGACAUCCUCAUAACUUGCAAGCGAUACUUUCUCUUCAAGACCAAUUGGGAAGACAAGGAUUAUAAGUAUCUGGUCGCAACCCUUGCGUCUGGGAGGGGUCUUGAGAUCCUUGGGGAGAUGAGUCCGGCCGACCGAAAACAAGCAAAGGUAAGCCUGUCGACAUUUCGCCCUCGUCGGAUUGGCAAGAAUGGAGUUUGCUGAGCUCAUCCCUUUACUCGGCUCGCAAGGCCCAGCUUCAUCGCGUCAUUCGAUCUAAAAGAUCUUCGAUCCUCCAUGCGACCCUCACCGCCGUGGCCCCGUACGCCAAGGCAUGGCUGCGCUCCGAAGCAGGGAAGACGUUUCUCGAUCAGACGUAGGUCACUCUGACGAUGCAAGCUCUACAACAUGAAGAUGUGGCGCUAAUACACCUCAAUUUAUAGGCCCACACGACCUCCCGCCGCACGCCGCAAGCGUGACUCUGGUCGAAGAAAGGAGAAGGGGCGCACGGACGAGGCCGAGGCAAACGAGAGACGCCGAUCCACCGAGUUCCCCCGACCCAUCAAGAUCAUGCCUUGGGUCACGCUCAAAAAGGCCAAGGCUAUAUUCUCGACUAAUCUCAAGGCCGUAGAUCGCGCCGUUCUCUCCGACCCGAAACUUCCAUACGCACACCGUUUGAAAUGCGCCGCCGCCGCCUGGAUCGCGGCUGAAGUGCCUCAUCAGAGGCGCUUGGCAGCCAAUGACGAGUCCGGUUCCAACGAGGUAUGUUUCAUGAUUCGAACUCGGUGCAGUUCGAUUGGCUGAGUGGAAUGAUGGGAGCGACACCGUGCAGGAACCGGAUCAGCAGGUGAAUUCGCCGGCUCGAUUGCCCGAAGAAAGUGAGCAGUUUCGCAGUUUUUGGGUUGACCGCUGCACGGCCGUUCCACGGGACUCCACCACCGAGGAUGGCAAUGUCGAUAGGUCUUUGCCAAAGGUCAACUGCUGGAUAGUCAAUGAAGACCGCCGGUGCGAAUUGACAUUGGGCGUCCCCGACGUUCUUCCGCCUCCAUUCAUGCAUACCGACCACAACGAGGAGGACGAUUCGGACGAUGACGAGCCCGUUGACGAGGAGCUGGAGCAGGAACUUGUCGAUUUCAUAGAGUGGGAGCGUUCAGAUCCAAUAACGAUGGCUGACUGA